AUGCCACAUAAGAGAGCAAAAGCCAGUGUCCGCAAAGCUAGACAGCAAGAAAAGGAUAUGCCAGUUGCCAAGGAUGAUGCUACAUCCGAAGAUACUCCUAAAGGAUUCUCUCGUUUAUUGAGAUUCAAAGAAAUGGCCAUCAAACGACAAGUUGAAAAGAAAGAAACCAAGAAGAAUGUUGAAGCUCUUGCAACUAAAAAGAACAUCCAUAUUCAACCCGGUGAGAGAAUGAAAGAUUUUGUUCAAAGAGUAGAGAGCGAAUUUCAGAGCGAAAUGAUCACAGUGCAAAAGAAAUCCAAGCCAGUGAGUGACAGAAAAAAGCGAAAUCAAGAGACUCGAAAGCAAAAGAAGAUGGCCAAAUUACAAAAGGAAUUGGAUAUGUACGGUGGUCGAGAUUUUGACGACUUGAAGGACAAUGUUAAAUUUGGUGAGGUAGCAGAUGCACCACCUGUUUUAAAUAAAAUACCCAAGGCACGCGGGCGUGGCAAAGAGAUGCUCGAACAAAAGAACAAGAAGGCCAUUGCUUCGUCGACUACUACUACAACACCGAAUACAGCAGAAAAGAAGGAGACUGGAUACGAGUCAGAGGAAGAUGAGAAUAUGAAGGCGCUCAAGGCAUCUCACAAGAGAAAGAUACAAAAUAUGAGUGCUGCUGCUCGUAUUCAAUUGGACAAUGAGAGAGAAAAGGUCAUUGAAGCCUAUCGAGCAAAGAAGGCUAAGAGGAUGAAUGAUUCUGGAUUUUAA